GGUAAUAAAUUACUGAUCCAUCAACCUAUGAGCACUUCCUUUUACUUGGAGCAAUCGUGGGGUGAAACACGUUGAAGUUGUAAUUGUCACCGGUUCCUCAUAAAAACCUUCAAAAAAUGGCCAAUCCUCUGAUGCAUGAUUCAGUCUGGAGAAGCAAGCAGAAGUAUGAAGAUGCUGAGGCACAUUAUCAGCAGUUACUCGCAGGAACCGCCAAACCAGUCUCUGCUAAGGACAAAAAAAGUGGCAAAUCAGUGGGCAGUUCUAUCAAAACUGAAAUAGCUGAAGCCAGACAACAAAUUCAAAAAGUUCUUAAUUCUGGAGGAUCUGGGGGAACAUCAGGAGACAAUAGUCAGGUGAUGAGGCGAGUCGAAUCUCUGGAGAAAGAAAACACAGAUCUUAAAAAGGUUGUGGAAGAUAUGAAGAGUUUAGUUCAAAGAUUAGAAAAUCGUGUAACCAAACUAGAGGGAGGAAGUUCAGCCCCUUCUGCACAAGCUCCUGCUUCAAACAAACCCGCCCCUGCUCCCGCCGAAGAUGAGGAGGAUGAUGAUGACAUUGACCUCUUUGGCAGUGAUGAGGAUGACGAAGAAGCAGACAGAAUUAGACAGGAAAGAUUAGCAGCUUAUGCAGCCAAAAAAGCUAAAAAACCAGCUCUUAUUGCCAAGUCCAGUUUGGUUUUGGAUGUUAAGCCAUGGGAUGAUGAAACAGAUAUGGCAAAGAUGGAUGAGGAAGUCCGAAAGAUUACUGCAGAUGGACUGCUAUGGGGUCAAUCAAAACUGGUGCCUAUUGGAUAUGGUAUUAGGAAACUCCAGAUCGGUUGUGUCAUAGAAGAUGAUAAAAUCUCCACAGAUUUUCUGGAGGAAGAAAUAACAGCAAUUGAGGAUUUAGUACAAAGUAUGGAUGUAGCAGCUUUCAACAAGAUAUAGACUUUUCUACACAAUAAAUAUAUCCUCAGCAGUU